UGAUGACUCUAAAUGGAUUGAUUUUAAAUUAUGUUAUAUUUAUUUCAAUCAAUGCAAUUGACUCCAAGACUUGUAGCAGAAAAAUAAGUUUUGUGUCUGGAGGAGCAACCAUUUAUGGAGUAGAACAUUAUUGUUGCGCAAAUUCCUAUUCAAGGAAUGGAACAUGUGAAAUAUGUCCAGUUGGUUAUACUACAAACCAAGAAGGAACAGAUUGUAAUCCAUGUCCAGAUGGCCAAUACGGUUCAAGAUGUGCGUAUCCAUGUUUCUGUAAACAAGAUGAACGAUGUAAUAACAUUUAUGGGUGUGUAUCAGAGGACACAAACAAUGUGACGGUUAAUCUGACAGAUCACAGAAAAUUGUUUGGAUUUUCAAGGACAGACUUUCGAAUCGCCGUCUACGCAGGAUGUUCUGGACUUGUGUUGGUUAUUAUCUGUGUUUUGGUAGGAUAUGGGUGUUAUAUCAAAGGUAAUCAACAUGCUGCCAAUGUAUGUAUAUCAACUUUGGCUGUUAACAACUUUAGCAGUAACAGUAUACCAACACAUUUACAACGCUCUUGCCCUGAAGCAGAAGAAAAAAGAACAAACCAUGGCGAAAUCGAGGCGAUCACCGUCUUUACAGAGGAACCUGCAAUGAUGAUAGAAGAUAAUGAAAAUGAAGGAAAUGCAUAUUGGAACAAGGAUACCAUGGAAGGUAGCUGUGAUAACUACCUUAUCCCUUUUGAAACGACGGUAAACGAUAGUGAUGAAUUUAGCAGUUUUUCGAAAGAGAAUGAAAAACCAACAGUUCUUGCAGAUUAACCUUUUGAUCCUAUAUAUCUCAACCUUUAUCAACCACUUAAUCAUCAAUCUGUACAACAUCAUUAUA